GGGUUUUGAGCAAAGGGAGGAAUGUGAGAGCGAGAGAGAGAGAGAGAGCGAAAUUCAACUUCAUCGAUCGAUUUGCUUCGUGGAAAAUCCGAAGGACGCUCGUCGGUCGAUCGAAGUGUUGACUGCUUCGUCGUUUGGAUUAGAAGAAGUGAGUUGUCAAAAUGGCGGCGACGGAGGAGGAAUUGGAAGUGUUGAGGACAGAGUUGCUGGAGAAAAAGACGGAGACGGAGAAGCAGGGCGAAGUAGUGAGAGCCCUGAAAGGCAACAAAGUGGACAAGAAAGAAAUCGAGGAGGCUCUGCAGCUGUUGAUGAAAUUGAAAUUGGAAGUGCAGGCGAAAGAGAAGGAAAUCACGUCCAAGGCCGCUGGAUCGGACGGCAAGGGUAAUAGUAAGGAGAGCUUUAGACAGCAAUUGAAUGACACUUUGACCAGCAGGUUGUUUUUCAUCCCGGCUUUCAAAAUUUACGGUGGUGUCGCCGGCCUUUAUGACUAUGGACCUCCCGGUUGUGCUAUCAAGGCCAAUGUACUCGCAUUGUGGCGCCAGCAUUAUGUGCUCGAAGAGAGCAUGUUAGAAAUCGAUUGCCCUUGUGUUACUCCGGAGAUUGUGCUUAAGGCCUCCGGGCACGUGGACAAAUUUACAGAUUUCAUGGUGAAGGAUGAGAAGACUGGCAUGUGUUAUAGAGCAGAUCAUCUUCUUAAGGAUUAUUGUACGGAAGCUUUAGAGAAGGACCCCCUGUUGACAUCCGCAAAGAGGCAGGAACUGAAGGAAGUUCUGACAACUCUGGACGAGCUCAACGCUGCACAGCUUGGUGAGAAAAUCAAGGAGUACAAGAUUACCGCUCCAGACUCGAAGAACCCUGUGUCUGAUCCUUAUCCGUUCAACCUAAUGUUUUCUACAUCGAUCGGUCCAUCAGGAAAUGCCCCAGGAUUCUUGCGUCCAGAAACUGCUCAGGGAAUUUUCGUGAACUUCAGCAAGCUGUACUACUACAACGGUAACAAGCUACCUUUUGCAGCGGCACAGAUUGGCCAGGCAUUUAGGAACGAGAUUGCCCCUCGACAAGGUUUACUGAGGGUUCGAGAGUUCACGCUGGCUGAAAUUGAACACUUUGUUGACCCGGAAGACAAAUCCCAUCCGAAGUUCAAGGAUGUAGCAGACCUCGAAUUCUUGUUGUAUCCAAGGAAAGAACAACUGUCAAUGGAGAAGCCCGUGAAGACACGAAUUGGUGACGCCGUAAGCCAGGGCGUAGUCAACAACGAGACGUUGGGCUACUUUAUCGCGAGGACGUACUUGUUUCUCACAAGUCUUGGUAUUCAAAAGGACAGGUUACGCUUCCGUCAACAUUUGCCCAACGAAAUGGCCCAUUAUGCCGCCGAUUGUUGGGAUGCGGAAAUCGAAUGUUCUUACGGGUGGAUAGAAGUUACAGGAUUGGCUGACCGGUCUGCCUACGACUUGAAAGCUCACUCCGAUAAGAGCAAUCACGACCUGUCUGCUUUUGAGAAAUAUGCAGAAUCCAAAGUUUUCGAGAGACUGAAGAUCACACCACAUCUAAAACUGCUCGGACCGGCAUUCAAGAAAGAUGGCGAUACUGUCGGCAAGGCCUUGCUCGCUAUGUCUGAAGAAGAAGCGCUGGACAUGAAAGCGAAGCUCGAGGCAGAUGGACAGGCUCCACUGGAAGUGUGCACAACGGGCAAAACUUUUACCAUUAAGAAAGAGCAGGUAUCAAUAUCGAAAGAAACUGUCACGGAAGCAGGCAGGAAGUUCACCCCUGCUGUCAUCGAACCCUCUUUUGGCAUCGGGCGAAUCAUCUACUGUAUGUACGAGCACUGCUUCUACACCCGGCCCAGCAAAGGAGGUGACGAACAGCUGGUCGUGUUCAAGUUUCCUCCAAUUGUUGCACCUAUCAAAUGCACUGUGUUCCCGUUGAUACAAAAUGAGAAGCUCAAUGUGGUGGCCAAGGAUCUUUCUGUUGCCCUGACGAGAGCAGGAGUGGCGAACAAAAUAGAUAUCACGGGAACCUCCAUCGGCAAGAGAUACGCACGAACAGAUGAGUUAGGAGUGCCUUUUGCCAUCACUGUGGACUUUGAGACAGAUGUAACAAAUGAUGUUACUCUGCGUGAAAGAGAUUCCAGGGCUCAAGUACGUGUACCCUUGAAAUUGAUAGCAUCAGUGGUGAGGGAUAUAUCUGAGGGUCAUCUAGCAUGGCUCGAGGUAUUAUCAAUAUACCCUAAUGUUGCGCCAUCCCAGGAAGAGUGAGGCCUCGUUGUAGAUCUCUGACAUACUGACCCACAAUUUUAUUAAACCAAGUGACCCCUUCAUGUAACUAAAAAAUAUUCUCGAAUGGGUGAUCUCCAAGAU